AUGAGAGUGGUUAUACAAAAGGUUAAGAAUGCCUCUGUCACCGUGGAAGGACAAGUGAUUUCAAGCAUUGGAAAGGGACUUAUGCUUCUUGUGGGUAUCAAUACUAAAGAUACUUCAGAAGAUGUGGCCAAAUUGUCUAAGAAAUUACUUGGAUUACGGGUGUUUGAAGACUUCUCUAACCCUCCUGAUACAAAGACCAAGUGGGAAGGGAGACCAUGGGCUAAAUCAUUGAUUGAUGAUAGCGAAUUGCAAGUGUUGAGUGUUUCUCAAUUUACCCUUUAUGGUACCCUUAAAAAGGGAACUAAACCCGACUUCCAUAGAGCAGCAAAGGGCCAUCAUGCGGUGGAAUUGUAUGAUGAGUUCUUACAGACUAUGAGAACCGGAUUAGGCGACGAAUCAAGAGUAUUAGACGGCCAAUUUGGUGCUAUGAUGGACGUUCAAUUAACUAAUGACGGGCCCGUUACUUUGAUUUGGGAUACCCAAGAUCCAGAUAUUAAUAACGAUGAACACGGUAAUGAUGAAAGUGAUAAUGAAGAAGAUUAA